GAAUGCAACGCGUAGUGCAGUGUUUGUUUGCUUUGUUACUUUGGUGCUAAAACUAAUUUGUCUUAAAAUUAUGAAGAAAAGAGUCUUAGUUUUAGUAUCAAUAAGUUAUUUUCAAAUAAGUUAGUGUUUAUAAAGGUGCUUAACUUUAGUCAUAUGAUUUCAACAUCAGUCUCGGGCAUAAAGGAAUGAAUUUUAGAACACAAUGGACAUUAAGAACCAGAAGUUGUUGCAGCAUCACCAGCAUGCUAUCGUUAAGGAUUUAGAUGUCAUGUUCAUCCUGGAUGAGCUGUUUACCAAGAAUGCGAUAUCGAACGAAGACUACGACCACAUCUCUAACUUGAGAGACCGCGAAGAGCGAACAAAAUAUCUCCUAAAACUUAUUAAAAAUGGAAAUAACAACGCGUUCGAAGUGUUCGUAGAUAGUUUAGCGAAGGACUACAAUUGGUUGUGGAAGGAACUGGCGACAGGGAACAGUAAAGAGAUGAUCGAAGACAGUUUUGAAGAUAGUCUCAGCAGAGGAGACGUACCGCGGCUGCCAGACCAUUUCGUUAGAAGACUGGCUCUGGAAAACGACAUAUAUAUGAAAUUAAAGACGCUAACAAGGCACAAAGUCCUCAGUCUUCACGGCAUGUCGGGCUGCGGUAAAACGGCUUUAAUAAUCAGCGUGUUACGCAACAAUCCGCAACUGAUCACGUCUGAUUUCAAUGGUGUCGUGUACUGGCUUAAUUUCAGCAACUGUAAAACGGAAGACGACAUUAUUGCUCAACAGAACAAACUAUAUCGCAAAGCGUUAUCGAUGACAUCACACAAUUCGUACAUGAAUUCGUCGAUAUCGAUGUCCAGCAUAGGUUCGAACUCGGACUCCAUGUCUAGUUACGAUUGGACGUGGCAGGAAUUGAAGGACAAACUGAAAACGUUAUUCGCCGAACUAUCCCUGAAGGAUGCGUUGCUUGUACUCGAUGAAGUUAACGAGAAGAAAUGUCUAGAAGCAUUCGACAUUGGCUGUAAAAUAAUUGUCACGACUAGAGAUACGGGCGUCGUCACGAAUUUUCAUCCACAGAUUAUUAACGUAGAAAAUUAUUUUUCCGAAGAGGAAUCGCUCGCACUAUUCGCCUCUUGUUUAGAAGUCGAAGUAUCAAAUCUGCCGAGACAAGCAAAGAAAUUGCAUGAAAUAUGUAAAGGCAGUCCAUUCCACAUAGCCUUACUAGGAGCGGAGUUGGCGGAGAAUAAAGAGAGAUUAGUGCACGAUACCAGACAUUGGAACUACUACUUGAACAAGUUGGAGAAAAAAGAAUUUAUCUUCAAUUUAACAAGACCCAAUGUUAAUCCGAUGAAAACAAUCGAAGUAUGCAUUAAUUCGCUUAAACCAAACAUUCUACCUUUAUUCAAGAUGCUCACAAUAUUACCCGACAAUGUUAAAUUGUCAGCAAAAGUGUUCAGCAAGCUAUGGAACAAACCGGUGCUCGAAGUUAAUAGUAUUAUAAAGCAACUUCGAAGCAAGUCGCUAAUAAUAGAAUUCUACGAUAAGGAUCAAGUGAACUAUUCAUACGAAAUACACGACUUAAUAAUGGGUUAUUUACGGAGCAGUUCGAAUGAUGAUGACGUCAAGAAAUUACAUGAGGAUUUUUUGAAAAGCUACGACUAUGAUAGUGCGAAUAACGCACCAGUGGAAAUAGAGGACGAUGGAUACAUAGCCUUUUAUAUUGGUUACCAUAUAGCGAACACGAGAAACUUAAACGGUAAAUGGACGCUCUUUAACAGAUUAUAUUUGGAUUUAAAGUUUCUGGGAAAUAAGGCGAGACUAACCGGACCGGCAGAUGUUAUAUUGGAUCUUCAGAAAUAUGAAAGUCAUAUCGCUAAUGAUGAACUCGAUAAAACAUUAUUAUUCAGUAUUAAAGAAUAUCUAAGUACGUAUGGAAUCGAUCUAUACAGAUAUCCUUGUACGGACAUCAUACAAAAUAUCCUACAAAACGAAUCAAAGGGAAUACUUUACACCAAGGCUUGGCAAAUAGCUCAAGAGAGGUGCACGAACAACGAGUUAUAUUUUGAAUUUAUGCACGAACAAAAUGUCGAAGAAAUAAAACAUUCAACGAUCGAUGUCAAGGAAACGAUUACUGCCGUAUGUUUUCUGGGUGAUUAUGUACUUGUUGGUACGGUCACGGGGACUAUAAAGUUCUUUCAUAUAGGAACGAACAAAUUGAAAAAGGAAAUACAUAGUUCAGUAUCGCCCGUCAAGUGGAUCGGAGCUUGUCCCAUUAAUCCGCUGUUUAUAGCAUCAUUGGCAUAUGAUGGGGUUAUUAAGUUAUGGUACAUCGAUGAUGUAGAACAUGAGGGGGCAGGAGGCGUGAUCGAAGAAGAAUCUGAAGAAUCGUUGAACAAUAAUUAUCCGAGCAACGAGACUAUAUCACCGAAACUCGGACCAUUUAUAAACUGUCGCUGGGCCAAUACUGAAGAAACGUUGAUCACACAUACGUCUAAAAUGAUUGUUAUGUUCAGCACGAGCGGUAAAGUUCUGUACCUCAUGGAUAAUUUGUAUCGGGACAGGGAUAUACUUUGCUGUGUACCAUGUAAUUGUGAUAAAUAUUUGAUAGUUGCUACAACUAACAGUAAUCAUAUGCUGGAAAUUGUCGAUGUAAAGACCAAAGAGAAGCAGAUAUAUGAAGAGACGGAUACAGUACUGGACAUCAUAAGUGUACCCGGCACCAAGAGAAUAUUAACAUUAAAGAAGCAAGAAGUAACCGAAUAUGAAUUCAAAGCGUUCCGUAGAUUCAAUAAGAACUGCAACAACUGCGUUCGCAAGACCGUGAUAACCAGCGACGUCGUGAAGGACGGGAUCACGUUUAUAUCGAUGGCGGUGAACAAGACCGGGACGCUCCUAUUCGUGUCGACGGACGACAGCCGCGUCAUUUGUGUCAACUUGAAGACGAAUACGUAUCUCUUCGAUUUGGAAAAUAGAAGAGGGAACGUGGCGUCGAUGUCGACGAGCGAGGUGGCGUGGGACGAGCUGGAGCCCGGCACCGACGUGCUGCUGACGGGCACGGCCGACCACGAGAACUGCGCCAAGGUGUGGUACCUCGACGCCGCCUACGUCGCGCAGCGCUCGCCGCGAGACGCCGCCGGCAAAGUGCGCCUAACAACAAAAUUCGACGCGAGUUUCAUCAACAUUCUCUCUCCUAACACUCCGAGCACAUCGACAUCUAGCAGUGCACCUGAGAGCAGCACCAAUACCCCUAAACGUCACCAAUCUUUCGUUAGUCAUAAAGAAACUAAGAGGGUGGUGAAGUCCACCAUGAGCUUGGAUCGACACUCGCUAAAACCUCUCAACUUGAAAGGGAUAUGCAACGGAAACAGUGAUGGAGCGUUUCAGCCCUUGUUGGCUGUUGUCGAUGAUAAAAAUAAUAUACAGAUAAUGCGCGGCAGGAAACUCAUAACAGAGGUACCGUCAAACUCCGACUACCAUAUCACAAAAAUCAAGAUAUCUCCCUGUAACCAAUAUAUCAUAUACGGUUUAAAUUCUGGUAUCGUUAGAAAGUUCACUCUACGCUCCAAAGAAAAUAAAGAUAUAAUGGACGUCAAUAGUGCAGUUCAAUACAUGAAUUUCGUAAAUCAAAAUCUAAUGAUGGUCGCGGGGAAGAACCGUUGUCUCAUGGCAUAUAGAUUGACUGAAGAUGGCGAAUGGAAACCUAAGAUGUUACAAAGAGGAAAUACUAACCUCGGAUCUCAAGAAAUCUUAAACGAUAUAAAUGGUUUUAAGAAGAAAUCGAAUCAAUCUGAUAAAAUAUCAAGUUCAGAAAGCGACACAAGCAUAAGCUCCAGGGACCGUCUCUUCAGAAACUGUGAUCUAAAGGGACGUCUAUGUAAAGGAAGCAGUUUGGUGGACUGCUUCUGGAUACAGGAUGUCGGACUUAUCACGAUAGAAUCCAAUGCCACUAUAAAGCUCUGGGAUAAGGAUUUGAAUUUAGCGAGCGUUCUGAACGGACGACAGAGCGACAUCUGCGUCUAUUGUUCUGCAUUCCAGAAGAAUGUAUUGGUCUUAUGUGAUGACUACAAUCUAUUUUUACAGAUAUUCGAAUUAAGAAGGGGAGAACAGAUUGAACUGGAAACAGUUCAAGAAUAUAAGCUUAAUAACAGGAUAUAUUCCUGCGCCCUUACAGAGGACGGUAACAUGCUGGCGAUGGGACUUGACUCCGGUGACGUCGUGAUCUGGAGCGUGCAGAACAAGCGGCAAGUGAAGCUGCUGAAGCAGCACAAGAGCAAGGUGCAGUGGUGCGCGUUCUCGCCCGUGCCCGAGCGCGGCCCGCGCGCGCCGCAGGGCGACGAGCCGCCGCUCGUGCUCGUCACGCUGGCCGCCGAGAUCGUGUGGUGGAACGUCUCGCACAUCAUACGCGUGCGCAGCAAGGGCUUCUUGAGGACUGGUCUUAAUGUAAUCACACCACUAGCGAGUCCACUAGACGUAAGGAACGAAGUCCAAUCGGUCGACAAUUCUAGCUCAAACACGUGCAAUAAUUUCUUCUUCGGAGGUAAUCUGUUAAAUCCGCAACAGUGUUGGAAAGUUAACUGGAAAAAGAAAACGUGUAAGGAAAAUUCGAAAAGAAAAGAAAUACUGGCGUGUAUAAAGCUAUCUGGAAUGAACGCGAAACAAAUUUGCCUCGACGAGAAAUUCUCCUGUUUCGUGACAGUCGACAACCCUGGACAUAUUCAUAUAAUGAAAAUGAUGAGUACUUGUUCAACGUAGCACAGAUACAAUAUUAUUCUUUUCCGCUCAAAUUAUACUUAAUGUUAUUGUUAUUAAUUAAACAAUACAGUUGGUUCUCGUAUACCCUGUGAUGACAAGUACGUAAAAUUAAUUUAAUUUGUUAUUUAUUAUAAAAAAUUUGUGAAUUUAAAUUACUUUUAAAAUUCCGUAAUAUCGGUUGUUGUACUUUGCAUUUAAAAAAUAUCAAGUAUAGAUAGUUGAAAUGAACAAACAUUCAUUCAUAAUAAUAUUAGUUUAAUUUUUUUAUACAAUAUUUUACAAUAACGAGAUUAUGAGUAAUAAAUAUGUUAAAUGCUCUCUGCCUUCGUGAUACUUGGUUAACUAGUAACCGCAAUCAGUAUAGAACAAUUAUAGUCUAAUAUAAACUGCCAUUUUACAAUUAAACUAAGAAUUUUUUUGUAUCUCUUUUUAAGUCAAUUUUAACAACGAACAAUCAAUACAUAAAUUAUAUCAUUUAGAAUUUUAAUUAUACAUUUUAAUUGGUGAAAAAGAAUUAAAAUGUCUAAACUAAUAUGAAUGUUUUAAAUAAAUUUAUGGAGAUAAUUUUGUACUAUAAUUGCAGUUCCCACCAGUGCUUUUUAUAAAAUAAGUAUAUAAUGUUGUUAAGAAUAAACUAAGGAAUUAUUUGAUCCUCAGUGGCAUUCGAUAUAAAUAAAAUACUAUUUUUAUAAGAAAUUAUCGUAAAGGUAAGGUGGAUAGGAUAGCCAGUAUUAAAAUAAAGACAUUUAAAAAAAAAAAGGAAUAACAGUGUUUAGGAUGUGGAUAUAAAAUUAUUUGAAACCUCUUUGUUUGAAAAAUGUCCGCAUUUGAUUUGUCUGUGCCAUUUUGGUAAAUGAUUGUAAAUAGUAAAUGAUUAAAGAUAGAAAAACUGUUUAUGUAUCUUAUAUAUAAUGUAAUUAUUAAUGGUGCUAUAAAUGUCGUAUUUCAAGUAAGUUUGAAUAUAAAAUGUCAAAUAAUAUCGGUAAUGUUUUGUUAUAAAAUUAUUAUUAUUUUAGAAAACGUCAAUGCUCAAAUGAUGCAUUUGCUAAUUGUUCCUAGUUUACUUACCAUCUAUGUUUUUUUUUUUUUGUUUAAAUUUGUAUACGACACGAAAAAAAUACCGUACGUAGCUCAUAAUUGAAUUUUUAUGUUGAUGUAAUGUGACAAAUUAUUUAAAUGUGAUCUUAAUAAAACAUUUACAAUAUCUUCAAACAAAUAAUUAUUAGCAAUAUUAUAGAAAACGUAAUUAUAAGAAGUAACAAUAUGUAUGGUGUAUCAUU